CAGGUUCCUCUUUGGAAAUGGAGACAAUUGACCAGAGAAUAAUUUAGAUUGACAAUUAACAUGGAAUUAGUUAAUCAUCAGCUAAUUCUCCAUGUGAAUUCUCCACAAUCGGAACCAAAAGUGAUGUUCUUUUAUUGGAAAGGUAAUGAUGGAAAGAUUUAAACUGUCAGAGGAAAUGGAUUUCCGUUUUGGAAUUUUCAUUUUCUUCCAUCUUUCACUUAAUAUUUACAAUUAUCCUGAUGAUCUAAAUUUAAUUUCCUGAUUAAUAGCUCGUGAUUAUGGAUAUAGAAAAAUGUAUCCUAUGUAAGGUACAUUGGCAGUUCCACCGGAGACUUUUCUGUCUUCCUCUCAAACAACAGGAUGUUAAUUGGAUAAAAUUGAUUGUCAAACUUUAGACUCUUCAUUUAAUUUUAAACAUCACAAGAGUUUAAUCAAUUGUGUAAAUCACACCAUGGCUAAAGUACAAUCAACAAUUAGUCUUCUCUUUCUUUUCGCAACAAUUUUAGCUGUUGCAAAUUGUGAAAAACAACGAGAUGAAAACUAUGGUUUACCACAAGGAAAUGCCGACCAAUUCCCUGGUCGAACGGAAGUUUUAAUGGAACCAAACUUCUUAAAGAAAAUCGGUUCUCAUAUUGUCAAAGGUUGGCAUGGAUUCAAAGGUCUAUUCGGCCGUAAAUCUAAUCGGGGCGAAGAAAAUAUUUAUGGAGGAUAUGGUCGAGAAGAGAAACAAAAACCUUACGAUAAUAAAGAGACCAACAUAAACAAGGAAUACCCAGAAUCUAAUUACAAUAACAAUUACGGUAACGGAGAAUACAAUCAAAACCAAUUCCAAGGACAAAAAGGUAAUCAAGAAAACAAUCAAGGUUUCCAAGGAGCAGUUGAUGAACGUAACAAAGGGCAAAAAGAAGAUAAAGUUUACGAAUUCGAGGAAUCGUCAAACAAACCUUUCGAUGGUCGAAAAGACGAGAAAAAAGUUAAAUCAAACGAUAAAAAAUCACCUCAAGCCGAAAACAAUUUUAACAACAAUGGAAACAAUUUCCAAACUGAAUUAGGUAAUCAAAACGAUUCCACUAAUAAACAAAGAUCUCGACGAGAUUUACUCGGAAGAUUUCCAAUUGGAAGGCCAUUCAGACAACCAUUUAGACGGCCAUUCAGACAACCUUUCAGGCCACCAUUUAGACUUCCAGGUCGUCAACCAUUCAGAAGACCAUUCUAAUAAUUUAAAUGAAAACACAAAAUCAACUGAUUGCCAAAUCAAAACCAAUAUUAAAAGAUGAAUGUGGAUUAAGUAUCAAUGUAAAACAAGCAGCACUCAAAAGCAAUUGAAUAAAAUAUUUUUUACUCUCUCAA